GUCCUGCUGCGUUGUUAUGACGCAAUUGAACCGCGACUCAUUUAUACAAAAAUGAAUUGUAAACGACAGCGAGAUGAUGGCGAGAAUGCCGAGAAAGGAAAGAAGAGAAAGAAACGCGAAGAGAGAGUAAAACUUUCUCCACUACUCGAGGACGAAGAUGUGAAGAAGGGAGUGAAGGAAGCAUGGUCGCAUCGAGCGCAGUACUCUCAUGGGGGCCUGGAACUGGACUGCCACCCUUUCCCUCACUGCAUCAUCAGGAACUUCAUCCAGAGUGACAGCUUUACAGAGAACCUACAGAGGGAGCUUCUAGACCUCAACUUCCAUGAGAAGUCCAACGACCUGUACAAAUUUAAUCAGUCAGACGACCUGAAAAAGAGAAAAGAGCCUCACAUCACAGGCUUGAGGGCAGCACUAUUUGGGCGGUUUCGAUCCUGGCUAGGGGAAGUGUUGGGGGUAGAACUGGAGCCCACAGUGGAUGUUUCCUGUGCCAAGUACCAAUACACUGAUGUUCUGUUGUGUCAUGAUGAUGAGUUGGAGGGGAGGCGUGUUGCCUUUAUCCUCUACCUUGUCCCUCCAUGGGAGAGCAGCGAUGGAGGAACCCUGGAUCUCUUCAGCACAGAUGAUCACUUCCAGCCCCAUAGUGUGGUGAAGUCUCUGGUGCCCAGCUGGAACACUCUGGUUCUCUUUGAGGUUUCACCCGUUUCCUUCCACCAGGUUGCAGAGGUGUUGUCAGAGGAUAAGUGUCGUCUCUCUCUGAGUGGCUGGUUUCACGGGCCGUCUUUGGAGCGACCCCCUCGUCACAUCGAGCCCCCCUUCCCAAGGAGCCCCCACCUUCCCAGAGAUGAGACACUGCUGCUAGAGUGGCUGAAUCCACUGUAUCUGGAUGUUGACUACCAGUCACAGGUUCAGCAAGAGUUUGAGGACAGCUCUGAGAUCCAGCUCAAGAAUUUCCUCAAAGAGGAGAAGUUUAAGGAGGUGAGUGAAGCACUGCGAUCGACUGAUGUCCAGUGGACCAAGCAAGGUCCUCCCAACAGGAGAUGUUAUGAAGUGGCUUCGUUAGUGUCCUUCCCCCAGUGUGUGAGUGCAUGCUGGGAGCUGCUGUGCUCGGAGGCUUUCUUCCUGCUUCUGUCCAACUUCACUGGCCUGAGACUGCACUACCUCAGCCCUAGUGACGAAGACGAGGAGGAAGAGAAGGACCAAGAAUAUGAGGAAGAGAGAGAAGCCACAGGGUCAUCUGGGGACACACCAUCAGCUAAUAAGAAUAACAAAGAGCCGAGCACACCGUUGUGUGUUGGAGAGCUGCGUCGCUGGGCUCAUGGGAGCUACACACUACUGCACGAUGGAGACGCAUCGAAAGCGGAGUACGCCCUUGACCUACUGCUGCCCCUGAGCUGUCCUGACUGGCAGACUGAGUUUGGGGGCUUCACCUCUUACGUUGCUAAUGAAGAGGAUGAGGAGCUCCUGAUGGUGUAUCCAGAGGAGAACUCCCUGGCUCUUGUCUACAGGGACAAAGAGACUCUCAAAUUUGUCAAACAUAUAAAUCACAGAAGCUCCACCCUACCUAUUGGUGAUUCUUGUAGGAGAGCAGUUUAUGACUUCUCUUUUGUGUAUUAUGAAUGAGUUUUUAUGUGUAUGUGUUGAGGUGUAUGUGUUUGUAAUAUAACAUCACUGUGAGGGGUGGUCGGUCUACUCUAAAGCCCCAUGAUGUCAUGUGGUCUUCAUUAAAGUGAACAGGCAGGGAUACCCUGUUACCAUGGUUACCUUGUUUCGGUCGGCA